GGCUGGUACCAGGUAGGAGUUAGAGGGUACUUGAUUUUCAGGGUAAAAGAUUACAUAAUCACCAUGUCAUAGCAAGUCGCGGUUGUUGUGGAGCGCUAGUACGCGUCCGCCUCCGCACCAUCACAACUUCUAUCAGACAUGUCUUCUUCCACAACCAAAGCCGUCGUCCACAAACCUCCAAUUCGACCAUUGGUCGAUAGGGCAUCUGUGAUCCUCUAUGGAGCUAUCCAAUCCGAUCCCAGCAAAGACUGGCAGGCUCACCUCACAGCCUUGCUCUCCGACCUCCCCAUUGCUAUCCUGAAUCCACGCCGAGAUGAUUGGGACAGCAGCUGGAUCGAAGACAUAUCGUUUGCGCCAUUUAAAGAGCAGGUGGAGUGGGAGAUGGACUAUGCGCGCAUAGCCGAUGUUAUUGUUUUCUAUUUCGCAGGUGAGGCUAAGGUCUUACAGCCCAUCACGCUGCUGGAACUAGGACUGUAUGCCGGAACAGGCAAGGCGAUUGUUUGCUGUCCAGAGGGUUUCUGGAAGAGGGGCAACGUACAGAUGGUUUGUGAGAGAUACAACAUUGACUUGGUGGAAUCGGUCGAAGAGCUGGGUCAUAAGGUACGGGCAAGGCUGUUGGCCAAGCUUCCUGAGGGGUCAACCACUGCACACCCAGAGAACGCUGUGUGACAUUGCGUCGGUUUUCUUUUGCACUCCUAACCACUCACGGUCAAUACUUCAAGAAAUGCGCCUCAAGGCUGUUGUGUUCUGGUCAUUCGAUUUCUAAUUGUUCAGCUGCCAAGAAAAGCCACAGUAUUGCCGCUCGCAUUGGGUCUUCUGCAUUUU